AGUAAGUGUAAGUGGCUGCUAUAUACAGCCGAAGCUUGUGAGAGUCGCGUUUUUUUUUCAGUCAACAUUCGUGUUCUUCGAAUCAAAUAAAAAAACACAAAAAGAUUGUGACAAGAUAUCACACGUUGUAAGCUGUUUAAAGACGUCGAUAUCAUCCCGCGAAGACUAUGGAUCUUGUGCCAAAGUGGAAGGACUGGAGUGCCGAAAAGCCGAUCACCGCCAUUGUUCUUGGUGCUGGUCAACGUGGGAAAGUUCACUCCACGUACGCGUUGGAAUUUCCGGACAAGUUCAAAGUGGUGGCUGUUGCUGAGCCUCGCAAAGCUUCACGGAUUCACUUUCAAGCCCUUCAUAACAUCCCAGAUCAUCGCGCCUACAAGUCGUGGAGAGAAUGUCUGCAAGACGCGACACAGGAUAAAUUCGCAGACGUGGUCAUCAUCGCGACUCCGGAUCAGGAGCACGCGCAGCCCGCGAUUGCAUUCGCUUCUUUAAAAUUUCACAUCCUGCUGGAAAAACCCAUGGCAACCACAGUGGAAGACUGCUGGGCGAUACACGAUGCUGUCAAGAAAAACGAUGUUAUUCUCGCUGUUUGUCACGUUCUACGACAUGCUCCGGCAGCUGUCACUUUAAGGCGGUUCGCGGAUGCUGGGAAACUCGGUGAAAUCUCGAAUAUUCAGCUGCUAGAGCCUGUUGGGCAUUGGCAUUUCGCUCAUUCAUUCGUCAGAGGAAACUGGAGAAAUGAAGCGAGUAGCACAUUUGCGCUGCUCGCGAAAUGCUGUCACGACGUGGAUCUGAUCGCAUUUUGGAAACAUGCGAACAAAUGUACGAAAGUUUCUUCCUUCGGAAACCUUCAGCACUUCAACGCCUACAAGUCGUGGAGAGAAUGUCUGCAAGACGCAACACGGGAUAAAUUCGCAGACGUGGUCAUCAUCGCGACUCCGGAUCAGGAGCACGCGCAGCCCGCGAUUGCAUUCGCUUCUUUAAAAUUUCACAUUCUGCUGGAAAAACCCAUGGCAACCACAGUGGAAGACUGCUGGGCGAUUCACGAUGCUGUCAAGAAAAACGACGUUAUUCUCGCUGUUUGUCACGUUCUACGACAUGCUCCGGCAGCUGUCACUUUAAGGCGGUUCGCGGAUGCUGGGAAACUCGGUGACAUCUCGAAUAUUCAGCUGCUAGAACCUGUUGGGCAUUGGCAUUUCGCUCAUUCAUUCGUCAGAGGAAACUGGAGAAAUGAAGCGAGUAGCACAUUUGCGCUGCUCGCGAAAUGUUGUCACGACGUGGAUCUGAUCGCAUUUUGGAAACAUGCGAACAAAUGUACGAAAGUUUCUUCCUUCGGAAACCUUCAGCACUUCAAGAAUAAAAAUAAGCCAGCGGGAGCUUCUGCAACAUGUCUAACGUGUUCGGUGGAAAACACUUGUCCUUAUUCGGCAAAAAAGCUGUACUUGGACUCCGUAGAAAAAGACCCGAGUCUUGCCGAACAUUGGCCGGUGUCAGUCAUUUGCAACUUGGAAGACUUUGACAAAAGCGUCGAUUUGAAGCAGGGCAUUUUGAAAUGCUUGGAGGAUGGACCAUAUGGACGAUGCGUUUACGACUGUGACAACGACGUGUGUGACAAUCAAGUAGUGAACUUUGAAUUUGACGACGGGUCGACGGCAUCACUGACGAUGAUCGCUUUCAGUGAAGCAGUUUGCGAACGUCGUACGACAUUCUUUGGGACACACGGUGAAAUGGGAGGAAAAUUCGAUCAAGAUUCUCUUGAAUAUUUGGAUUUCGUGACGAACAAAACCGAGCUGAUUCCUCUGGAGAAAGUUCCAGUGGGAACCAAAAUGAAGGGACAUGGAGGAACCGACUUCUUCCUUGUGGAUUCCUUUGUUCGAGCUGUUUCCAAGCAAGAUCCUUCCCUGGUUUCGACAGGCUUGGAAGAGUCACUGAAAAGCCACUUGCUGACAUUCGCUGCAGAACUGUCUCGGAAAGAAGGUCGAGUCGUCACAGCUGAAACAGACCCGAAGCUUUUCCUCUAA